UGUUUUUGUUUAUUUAAACUUGUUGAAAAGAAAUUCGAAUCACGCUUCUGAUCUCUGACAUAGAGAAGGACAUCGCGAACGAUCUUCAUUCUCUUCCCAUUCGACCCGAAAAUGUGGUUCACCAGAAGUUUAUUACGCACACAACUGGUCUGCACCAUCAAACAGAGGAUGCAGCCGGUAUCGAUCGCAGCCAAGGUGGAAGACUUCCAGGUGAAGAAUGAGCCCGUCCUUGAAUACCUGAAGGGCAGCCAGGAACGCAAGGAGCUGUUUGCGGCCAUCGACAAGUACAAGGACACCUGCACCGAAGUGCCCAUCGUCAUUGGGGGGCAGGAGAUAUUCGAGGGGGAAGUCAGGUACCAAGUCAUGCCCUUCGAUCAUCAAAAGAAAAUCGCCAAGUUCCGUUGGGCGAGUCGUGAUCUGAUAGAGAAGGCCAUCAGCGAGAGUUUGAGGGCCAGAGAGGGGUGGGAGGCCACCCCCCUCUCUGAUCGCAUCCGCCUCUUCCUGGGGGCCGCAGACCUGGUGAGCGGGAAAUACAGGAUGGAGCUCAACGCAACCACCAUGCUGGGACAGGCCAAGAACAUCAUCCAGGCAGAAGUGGACUCUGCCGCGGAACUGGCCGAUUUCUUCCGUUUCAACGCCUACUUCGCUAAGGAGCUGACGAAGUAUCAGCCCAACAGCUCGGACAUCAUGAAGAACAGCUUCAGGUUUCGAGGCAUCGAGGGCUUCAUCGCUUCCAUCUCUCCCUUCAACUUUACCGCCAUUGGAGGAAACCUGGCAUCCGGACCCACACUCAUGGGCAACGUGGUGGUGUGGAAGCCCUCGGACACCGCGGUGCUCUCCAACUGGGUGGUGUUCCGGCUCCUGAGGGAGGCGGGCUUCCCCCCGGGGGUCAUCAACUUCGUGCCCUCGGACGGCCCCCUCUUCGGGGACGUGGUCUCCUCCUCCCCCCACCUGGCAGGGAUCAACUUCACCGGGAGUCUCAGGACGUUCCAGAUCCUGUGGAAGUUGACUGCAGAUCGUAUCACCACUUACAAGAAUUUCCCUCGUCUGGUUGGAGAGUGUGGGGGCAAGAACUACCACUUUGUGCACCCCUCUGCGGACGUGAAGAGCGUUGUGACCUCCUCCGUCAGGUCUGCCUUCGAGUACGGAGGGCAGAAGUGCUCUGCCCUGGACAGGGCCUACGUGCCCAGGAGCCUAUGGCCACAGAUCAAGGAGGGUCUGCUGGAGAUUGUCAAGGAAGUGAAGAUGGGAUCCCCCCUGGAGCCGGAAACCUUCGUGUCCGCCGUCAUCGACGACAGGGCGUUCGCCAAGGUCAAGGGGUUCAUAGACCACGCCCACUCCACCCCCAAGGUCACCGUAUUGGCCGGGGGAAAGUGCGAUGACACGAAGGGUUACUUCAUCGAGCCCACCAUCCUGCUGACUGAGGACCCCCUGGACCUCACCAUGAGGGAGGAGAUCUUCGGGCCCAUCAUGGUCAUCUACGUCUACGAGGACAAGGACCUGGAUGCCGCCCUGGAGCUGGCCAGGGACAACAAGUACGCCCUCACGGGAGCCAUCUUCGCACAGGACAGGGCCUGGCUGGAGAAGGCCACGGAGACCCUGAAGAUGUCUGCCGGCAACUUCUACAUCAACGACAAGUCCACGGGAUCUGUGGUGGGACAACAGCCCUUCGGAGGAGGAAGACUGUCUGGGACCAACGACAAGGCUGGGGGCCCCCACUACCUCCUGCGCUGGGCCUCCCCCCAGACUGUGAAGGAGACCAUGGUGCCCCUUUCGGAGUGGAAGUACCCCUACAUGGAGUCCUAAAUUCCAGGGAUCUCCCGAAACUCCACGUCUUCCAUUGAGGAUCUGAUGGCGAGAUUUAUUUUUCGACCGCACCUUGAAGUAACUUUUUGUAGUCUGCUCAUGAGUGUUUUUUUUUUCUUCAAGAGACUGCCUCGAUGUUCCUUUUUUUUUUACAUUUCGUGUAUCGAUGACACAAUUCAAG